AUGCAAGUGGGCGACUUGGCAUGGUGGCUUGGCCUCCUGCUCGGCGCCGUCCCGUUGGCCGCUCUCGCUGUCUGGCGCUGCAACGACGCCUGGUACUGCGCCGCCUUCGCGCUGCGGCAGCGGCGGUGGCGUCGUGGUCGCCACGUUCGGCUCCCACCAGGCCACAUGGGCAUCCCCUUCUUUGGCGAGACCGCCGCGUUGUCCUGGUACUUCAAGGUGGCGCGCCGGCCGGACGGCUUCAUCGAGGCCAGGAAGAAGAGGUACGGCGAAGGGGUGGGCAUGUACAGGUCCCACCUCUUCGGCAGGCCGACCAUCAUCGUCUGUGACCCGGCGGCCAACAAGUUCGUCCUGCAGUCCCACGACAACUUCUGGCUCCGGUGGCCAGCGAGGGACCUCCUCGGCCUGUCGUCCAUGUUCAACGUCGAGGGGAGCAUGCACAGGAGAAUCAGGGGCUACGUCGUCGCCACGUUCAGCAAGCCGAGGUCCCGGAGGAACAUCGCCCGUAUGGCUCAGCCCUGUGUCGUGGAGGCGCUACGGUCGUGGGCGGACAAGGGAACCAUCAUCGCCGCCAAGGAGAUCAGGAAGGUGAUGUUCGAGAGCACUCUCGAGAUAUUUAUAAGCAUGAAGGCGUCUCCUCUCACAGAAAAGAUGGAUAAAUGGUUUGUAGGCGUACUUGGCGGGCUCACGGCACUGCCACUGGACUUACCGGGAACAGCGCUGAAUCAUGGUCGGAAGUGUCGAAGGAGGUUACAUGCAGUGUUUGAAAAGGAGCUUCAGAAGAGGAAAAAUAACGUGAAAUGGGGGCUUGCCGCGGAGGAAGACUAUGAUGAUGAUUUGAUGAGCGGGCUGAUGGAAAUGGAAGAUGAACAAGGGGAAAAGCUGAGCGACGAGGAGGUGCUGGAUAACAUUGUCUCGCUGGUCUUUGGCGGUUACGAGUCCAUUUCCAGUGCUGUGUUGUGGGCUGCCUACCAUUUGGCCAAAUCGCCGGUUAUCCUUGCCAAGUUGCGGAAUGAGAAUGCCGCAGUGAGCGAGGGUAAAAGUUCAAACUUUCUUACUCUUGAUGACAUUCCAAAGAUGAAAUACACGGCCAAGGUAGUUGAAGAGGCAAUUAGACUGGCCAAUAUUGCUCCUAUGGUCCAUCGUGUGGCUUAUAGAGACGUCGAGUAUGGAGGAUAUACAAUCCCACAAGGGUGGCAAGUUGUGGUGUGGCUCCGCGCAAUGCAUAUCGAUGCGAAAUACUAUCAGGAUCCACUGAUCUUCAACCCAGAUAGAUGGAAUGAACCACCAAUGGCAGGAACAAAUCAACUGUUUGGAGCUGGCAACAGGACAUGUGCGGGCAACAUGCUUGCCAGGCUACAGAUCACCAUCAUGUUGCAUCAUCUUUCACUUGGUUACGAAUGGGAGUUGCUUAAUCCGGAUGCGGGGGUUAAGUACAUUCCACAACCAAUGCCAGUUGACGGAGCACCAAUGGCGUUCCAUAGACUUAGUACAAGUACUCAAUGA